AUUUCUGGCUUUGGCCUUUGCAAUCGCCAUGGAUUUCUUGCACGAUGUUCGAUUCGAGAGCACUCUUCUCUCUAUCUCUUGCUUUUCUUCAAGUAACAUUGACAUAUUCCUCUCCUUCUCUCGUGUUUCUCGCUCGGAAAUGCGGUAGAUUGAUUAUGUCAUUUAUUUUUUGUUCUCUUCUGUCGUUUCUUCCAUUGCUAAUCAUGAUUGUUGUGUGGUGUAAACUUGUUUAAAUCAAUGUCAUUCCAGAAUUUCUGUUGCGGUGAUUCAUAAUUUCGACCUUAAUGACAGCCAAUACAUCUUCUUGCUUUCAGAUAAGAGCAUCGAAUUAAUAUUAUUUUUAUCUAGAAAGAAUAAAAGAAUAUCAUGCACUCAAAAACAAUUCUCGAUGGAGGGCGGGUUUCAGGGAAGGCUAGCGUUACGAAACAGAUUUGGAGGUGUAAUCAUAAUUCGAUAAGCUGCGCAUUGUUUUCGUUUCUGUCCAGUUUUCACAGCAGAGAGGGAAUUUUAAUUGACAGGAAAAACCUUAGGGAUUCCUUAAUUACAAUUCUACUCCAUUUCAAUUUGUGUUCUAAUUCUGAAUCCAAACACUGCUCUCUCUCAAAUUUAAUCUUCCCAUGUAUUGUUGUUUUAUAAGGUUUAGGGCAUGAAAAAUUAUAGGAUCGAGGAGACAACUACAAUGUAGCUCAUAGUUUUGCACUAUUGGAUGUAGCCAAAAACUGUUACAAUAGCACCUCAAAUUGAGGGUUUACUAAAGGCAUGAAAAAUUCGAAUUCACAUACUGUUAUUACGAGAGAACCACAUUUUCCACAUUUUCCGAGGAGCAUGAAAAAAUUGCACUCUUUAAUGGAGCCCAUAAUACUUCCAACGGUCUGAUGCAGCUUUUGCAAGUGAGUCCAAAACUUUGUUCAUGUUCUUAUUUACGUAGUUCAUUGAUUUAGUGUUUGUUUCUCAUAAUUUUAGGACAUUGCUAAUUAUUACAGCUCUCUCUCUCUCUCUCUUUCCUUUCUAUGACAUGCUGUGCCUGUCAAUAACUUGAUUGAUGAUGAUAAUCCAUUACCUGUACAUCAGUUAUUUGAUUCAGUUUUCAUUCAUAGUGGCAUGAACUGUAAAUUUUGAAGAAUGUUGAUGUCAAAUAGAUGAUGGAUCAUGCUUAACUGCUGCUUGUAGCCUGCUUCACAUUGUCCUCAUCUCCCUCCAUUUUUGCUUUUUUUCCCUCAUGAACUCAAUAAGUAGUACGAUUAAUCACUUAUGCAUCAUCUUCAUACCCUGUUUUCAAGUUUUUUUUUUUCAUUUUUCCUUCCAUUUUGAAUCUAAAAUGGCUUUGCCCAUUCUUAAGGGAUUGCUCCAAGAUUAUGUGCAGUCUCUGCUUAAUGAGAAGAUCAUUGAUGAGAGGUUUUCUCAGAUUCGAACAAAGCUUGAAGAGCCUGAUUUUAUUCAAUUGAUCAAUGUGUAUCUAAACGAUGUUGAAUCAAGAUUAUCUGAAUUCAGUUGCUUCAUUGAUUCUGUGGACGUCAAUUUCUCUAAGCUGAGUAUGAUGGCCCACAAAAUAGAGGAGAAAAGCACCCGCAUUGGUGCACGCCACAUGAAGCUAGCAUCUAUUCAUCUCAUCCAAGCUUGUGAUAAAGAGGAUCAUAAACUUGUCUCCCAAUCUCUUUGUUGGAUGAAGCAUGAGUUCAUCAAUACUCGAAACAAGCUUCAGCCAGUUCUUCAGAUGGAACAGAGGAUUUUGAGGCUUAUGAGCAAGCAAACAUAGAUGGGGCUUGUUUGGUUACAUCUCAUCGUUCAUGUGUUUGUUUGUUUGUUUGAAAUGAGCUUUGUUUUUAUCUUCUUUUGGUUUUUUUUUCUUUUAAUCUAAUAUCAUUUUGGUAUUAGUGCUCCUAUUUGUAAUAUUAUUAUGAGCGAGUAAAUGAAAUUGUAUCACGUUUUACCGUUUUAAAUU